AUGCUGGAUGGGCACCUGCUCCAGCUGCUCCUUACCGCGGCUCUGUUGCCCAGCAUCCUUGGGACAGUCUUGGCGCAGAACCUGCACCUCUGCGAGGGCUACGCGGGCCCUGAUGGCCGCUCCCACCCCGGCUUCUACUGCCCGCGGCUGACGGACCCCCCCGGCCACCGCUACUGCUGCCAGCCCCGCCUGGAGGCUCUCAAGUCCUGCUGCUCUCAGCUGGCCCUGGAAGCCCUCACUGGAGUGAACCUGUCGAGCCUGGCUAGCCCUGGUCUACUGCGGAACCCGCUGGCCCUGCCUUUCGUGGGGCUCUAUGGGCUCCUCGUCCUCGUGCUGAUGGCCAUCGACCUCUGCCAUUUCUACUGGACCUGCCGGUGCCGCCUCCGCCGCCUGCUGCCCCGUGCCUGCUGCGUGCCCCGCGGAGCCCCGCGGCGGCACCCGGCCGGCGCCCGGGCUCCGCACGGUGCCCCCAGAGUGACCCGGCCCGGCCGGGGCUGCUGA